CCUCCACGGCUUACAGAUUUUCAGCACAGUGCAGUUGUGAAACACCACCUACAAAUUUCUAUACGUAAAACAUGUCUGCCACCAGAUACCGUCGAUUUCUAAAGCUAUGCGAGGAAUGGCCAAAGGACGAGUCAAAGAAAGGGCGAGAUUUAGGAACAUUUUUACGCCAAAGAGUCGCUAGUGCUUUCCGAGAAGGAGAAAAUACACAGAUUUCAGACCCAGAGAGAUGUGAUCAGAUGUAUGAAAGUCUGGCUCGCAUCAACAGUAAUAUGUACAAAGAAAAGUUUCCACGAGUGAAAGAUACAAGUUUUACAGGUGUGACAGUGGAGGAGUGCCGAAUACUGUUGGCAACAGGAAACAUGCAGCAAACAGAUGAGGAGAAGAAGGGAUUGUGGAAGACACUAAUGGAGCGCUUCUCCUCCAAACCUGAAGAUGGACCCCCUGAAAAAGCUGAAAAAUAAUCAUCGUACUGUACAGAUCUUAUUCCUCUUUGCACUUUUUCAAAAAUAAAACAAUUAAGGUGUGUAUGUAAAUCUUCACUUCUAACAACUGUAGCUCUCUUCAUGUUGAUGGUUGAACAGAAACUUCCAAGAAAUAAAAUGGAUGGUUUCAUUUGGAGAGCUGUGUUAAAGUUGAAGAAAUGUGAUUAUUCAGGAAAAACAAUAUUCAGUUUUAUAGAUUAUUACUUGCAUAUUAUUUCUCUUGAAUCCAUAAUGCAAAUAAAUACUUUUUGUAUUUACCAUAAAACAA